AUGACCCAGCGUUCCUCUGUGACCAUCAAAUCUGGGGGCACACGGAACUUCAGUGCCUCCUCAGCCAGCAUGAUGCCUGGCUGUCGACCCGGUUUCAGCUCUGUCUCUAUGUCCCAGAGCGGGAAGAGUUUUGGAGGCAGCUUUGGGGGUGGUUUUGGGACAAGAAGCCUACACAGUUUUGGGGGUAACAAAAGAAUCUCCAUCAGUGGGGGCUACCGCUCCAGCCAGGCCAGCUUUGGAGGUGCUGCCUGUGGGCUAGGGGUCAGCGGCAUAGGGUACAGAGUUGGAGGAGCCUAUGGUGGGUAUGGAUUUGGAGGUGGGAUGGCCCCUGGAGCUGGAGGCAUCCAUGAAGUGACUGUCAACCAGAGUCUCCUUACCCCCCUGCACCUGGAAAUUGACCCAUCUCUCCAGCGGGUUCGAAAGGAGGAGAAGGAGCAGAUCAAGACCCUCAACAACAAGUUCGCCUCCUUCAUUGACAAGGUGCGGUUCCUGGAACAGCAGAACAAAGUCCUAGAGACCAAAUGGAGCCUGCUGCAGGACCACAAAACCACCAGGACCAACUUGGAGCCCAUGUUUGAAGCCUACAUCGCUAACCUGAGGCGCCAGCUGGAGUGUCUGGGCGGAGAGCGGGGCCGGCUGGAGACAGAGCUAAAGAGUAUGCAGGAUGUGGUGGAGGACUUCAAGAAUAAGUAUGAAGAGGAAAUCCACAAACGCACAGCGGCAGAGAAUGAGUUUGUAGUACUCAAAAAAGAUGUGGAUGCAGCCUACAUGAACAAGGUGGAGUUGGAGGCCAAGGUGGAUGCCUUGAUGGACGAGAUCAACUUCCUGCGAGCUUUCUAUGAGGCGGAGCUGGCUCAGCUUCAGGCUCAGAUCUCUGAGACCUCUGUGGUUCUCUCCAUGGACAACAACCGCAGCCUGGACCUAAACAGCAUCAUUGCCGAGGUCAAGGCCCAGUAUGAGGACAUUGCCAACCGCAGUCGGGCAGAGGCUGAGUCCUGGUACCAGACCAAGUAUGAAGAGCUGCAGCGGUCUGCCGGCCAACAUGGGGAUGACCUCCGUACUACUAAAAUGGAGAUCUCUGAGCUGAAUAGGGCCAUGCAGAGGCUGCGUUCUGAGAUUGACAACCUGAAGAAGCAGUGUGCCACACUCCAGGCUUCCAUCGCUGAUGCGGAGCAGCGUGGGGAGCUGGCACUCAAAGAUGCCAAGCACAAGCUGGCGGAACUGGAAGAGGCCCUGCAGAAGGCCAAGCAGGACAUGGCGCGGCAGCUGCGCGAGUACCAGGAGCUUAUGAACGUCAAGCUGGCCCUGGACAUCGAGAUUGCCACCUACAGGAAGCUGCUGGAGGGCGAGGAGUGCAGGCUCACUGGAGAAGGCGUUGGUGCCGUGAACAUCUCUGUGGUCUCUUCCUCUGGGGGCACAGGCUACAGUGGAGGUGGCGGCCUCUGCAUGAGUGGCGGCAGUUACAGUAGAGGUGGCUACAGUAGCAGUGGCCUCUGCUACGGUGGCGGUGGGAGUAGUGGUUUUAGCUCCACCAGCGGUCGCAGUGUGAGUGGCAGCAGCUCCAGCAUGCGGAUCGUCUCCAAGACAUCAUCCAGCAAGAAGAGUUACAGGAGCUAA